AUAACAGGGCGGUACUUGAAUGGGCUGUUCAGGAAAGGCCCCUCAUCAUCUGGCAUUACUAGGCUGUUAUUAUUUCACGAGUGUUAAUUACGCUUCGGUUAAUGUUUGGUUCGCUGCGUUGUUUCGGCACACUUAACUAAUGAGCAGUGGACCGCUGGACUGCGGGGGAGAGAUCGACCCUAAAGGGAAGGGAGACAAACAUCCAUCGGCUGAACUCGCAGGCUAGCAGCGGUAGUAUCGCGGCAUCCCGGAGCAGGAGGAGGCUGAGGCUGAGAGACCCGCGUGUGAGCCAUGGGUUUCCGCAAGAAGAACAAGAGCCCACCGGUGUUCAGCCACGAGUUUGUGAUCCAGAACCACGCCGACGUGGUGUCGUGCCUGGCCAUGAUCAUUCUGCUCGGCCUGAUGUUUGAGGUCACAGCAAAGUUUGCCAUCAUGUUCAUCACAGUCCAGUACAACGUCACGCGCGUUAUUGAUGAAAAGAAUGAUCCGGCGAACUUUUACCAUUAUGGUCCUAAAGAUGUGGCUACUGUGUUUUUUUACCUUCUAAUUAUUGUCAUUCUUCAUGCCCUGAUACAAGAGUAUAUUCUUGAUAAAAUGAACAGAAGGCUGCAUCUAUCAAAGACCAAACACAGCAAGUUCAAUGAAUCAGGGCAAUUGGCAGCAUUUUACCUGUUCUCCUUCAUUUGGGGCUGCAGCAUCUUGACAGGGGAGGACUUUGCAAAAAAUCCCACUUUCUUAUGGGAAGGUUACCCACACACUCACAUGGUUUUUCAGGUCAAGUUUUUCUACAUUUGCCAAAUUGCCUAUUGGCUCCAUGCACUUCCUGAGCUAUACUUUCAGAAAGUACGCAAGGAGGACAUCCCUCGCCAACUCUACUACAUUUGCCUUUAUGUUGUUCACAUCACUGGUGCCUACAUCUUAAACCUCUACCGACUCGGUGUGGUGUUGCUGGUUCCUCACUACUUGGUGGAGCUUCUGUUUCAUGCCUCACGCCUCUUCUACUUCAGUGAUGAGAACAAGCAGAAGGGUUUCACUCUGUGGGCUUUGCUUUUUGUCAUCGCUCGUCUCCUCACUCUCACUCUGUCAGUCCUGACGUUUGGCUUUGGUUUGCCCCGGAGAGAAAACCAAGGCUUUUCGCUUGUGGAAGGCAACUUUAAUGUGCUCACCAUAAGGAUGGCAUGCUUGGCCGCCAUCUGCCUGACUCAGGCUUGGAUGAUGUGGAAGUUCAUCAAUUUCCAGUUGAAGAAGUGGAGAGAACACAGCCAGAACCAGGCAUCAAAGAAGAAGACAGCCAGCCCAAAGAGCAAACCUCACAAAAGAGAACUGACAAGGGCAGGAGCUGCUAAUGGAAUUGUGAAGCCUGACGAUAAAGCAUCACCACGGGCGAGAAGAGUUAAAAACUCAUAAAGAUGGCACAGUUGAGAAAAAGCUGACGCGGUGACAUACUGUGUGCUUAACAAUGUGUCUAAAUCCCUCUAAACAAAAUCACACUAAGAAACCUCAUGUAGCCGUCUCUUUCGAAUUCAGAUUCACUUUGUGAGAUACUGCGAGUUAUUACCUUGGUUCUCUGCUGGUUGGAGUUUGGAAGGUCCGGGUCGCGUCUGAGGCUUGAAACCAGGGGUGUCCAAAGUCGGUCCUCAAGGGCCGCUGUCCUGCCUGUUUUCCAGCUUUCCCAGGAGCAACGCACCUGAUUCAAAUAAUCAGAAUUGUUCUAAUGCUGCUUCAGAGCUGGCUGAUGAGCUGAUCAUCUGAAUCAGGUGUGUUGCAGCCCAGAGAGAUGGAAAACAGGCAGGACAGUGGCCCUCCAGGACCGGAGCUGGACAUGCCUGCUUUAAACCGAACAGAUUUCACUCUUCAGAAAAAGUGUCCUUUUGUGUACAACCUUGAUCUUCUGUUGAGUUAUGACAUGGAAUGAGUCCACAUUUCAGUUCUUUAAAUUGAAACUUAAUGUGAAGUGUUAAUUGACACAUCAACUGCACAGGGUUGAUUGGUUGCUUGCUUAUUUGUUUGGUUGUUUCGGCUUUGAUAGUGAAACUGACCAAACAGGCUGCUGGGUCAUAUCCUAAAAGCCUUUAUUGCAUAGCACUAAAGCAUCCCUAAAACUCACUCUGUGUAUGGUUAGUAGUGUUAUUUGGGUACUACGUCAAAGUUGGGACCGAAUGAUCAUUUAUUACCAUUCCAGAUGGUCGGAGCCUUUGAAAUCCAACACUGGAUUGAGGCACUUUUUCUUGUUGCAUUUACAAAACGCCGAUUCCAAUGAAGUUGGGACAUUGUGUAAAAUGUAAAUCAAAUCAAAAUACCUGUACAAUGAUUUGCAACAUUUUUCCAACCUACUGCAAUUGACUAUACGACAAAGGCAAGAUAUUUAGUGUUCUGAUAAACUAUGGAUUAUUUUGCAGAUCCUUUUUUAAUUUAAUGGAUUCAGUUUGCAAAACCUUCCAAAAAAGCUGUGACAAUGACAACAAAACACUGGUUAAGUAGAGCUUCGAGAAAAGAAAAAAAAACUCCAGUUUGGAAAAUUCCACAGGUGAACAAGUUAGCUGGAAACAGGUGAGUGUCAUGUCUGGAUAUAAAGGGAGCAUCCCAGAAAGGCUCAGUUGUUCACUCGCAAGGAUGGGGAGAGGUUAUACACUUUGUGAACAAUUAACAUUGAUAACAAGUAAUCUCACUGAGGGACGAACGUUUGCAAGUGUUCGCCAAGGUCGCAAAUGUUUGCCAAAUGUUCUCCAGACGUUCGGCAACAGUUUUAAUGGUUUUUCUUAAAUGUUGAACAUGUAAGGCCAAAAACCAACAUUGAAUGCUUGCGACCUUCGAUUCCUCAGGCAGCACCACAUUAACAACUGGCAUAUUUUUGAAAAGGAUCUUGCCACGUGGCCUCAGGAGCACUUAAGAAAAUCAUUGGCAGUUAACUCAGUUUGUGGCUACAUCUGUAAAUGAAAGUCGAAAAUCUCACAUGCAAAGCAAAAGUCAUCGAUCAACAACACCCAAUGAUGGUGCCAGCUUCUCUCGGCCCAACCUCAUCUGAGAUGAAAAGUGAAAAAGUGUGCUGUGGUCUGCUGAGUCCAUAUUUCAACUUUUAGUCGGAAAUCAUGGAUCAUGUACUCCAGGCCAGAGGGGAAAAAGACCAUCCGGAUUGAUUUAGCUUUUGCGUCAAAGUGUGCGAGGGCUAAAGUGGGCUUCUACACUAAAGGGUGACAUUUUGGGGGGAAUCCUGCUGGAUUCUGACAGGAUGGCAGUCAACUUUAUGUUUAAUUUUGGGAUUGGGACAUGACAGGAGAAAAAGUUCAGAGGAGCAGGAGGGGGGAAAAAACUUGGGCUGGAUGUGCAACCAUUUUUAAUGUAGAUGACCUCCUCCUGGGCGCACAAAGGAAGUGAGAGACUUUCUGAACAGGAGCAGUGGAGUGUGACGGAAGUGAAAAUCCACUCCAGUGUCACGCUCUAGUCCAGACUCGUCUCCCAUUGAAAAUGUGUGCUGCAUUAUGAAGAGCAAAAUAUGAUAACGACCACUCCGGACAUCGAGCAACUGAAGUUGUUAAUCUAGCAAGAAUGCGAAAGAAUUCCACCCACAAAGCUAAAACAA